AUGAAGCGGGCGACGCCUCGACUGACUCAAUGGGUAGAGACGCGUGCUGCAAACUUGGGUGGAAUUUCCGUCCUGUCUUCCUCUCCAGCUUUGGUUUGGGCACAUGGACUCGGUGGAUGUUGCGAUUCCGAUGAGGCACGUGGAAUGGGCAGUAUAUUGGAUCCAGCUAAGCUGGGCCGCACUAUUUUACGGCUGGACUUGCGUGGCCAUGGUCGCUCGAAGUCUGCGCAUGACAAUGAUUCGAGCUCAAUGGUCCACCAAUACACGUGGUCGCAAUUGGCCAAAGAUAUGCGAAAAGCAGCAGCUGAUUCUGUGUCACGAUCUUUCUACGGUGGGGAAGCCCUUGGAGCCGCAGUAGCAUUGGAAGCAGCAGUUGCGGCACAGGCGACCAGGUCCAUAGAUGCUCCACCAGGUUUGGUCCUCAUGAGGCCUCCCCUGAUGCUCGCGCAAGUGGCUAAGCACGGUUCAGUAGAUGCGAAGCAUCUUCAGGAGUUCCUUCAAAUUGCACACCUCGUGGAGGCAGAAGGUUUUGAUUCCUUGGAGCAAGCAGAGGCUGAAGAUAGCACCCCAUUCUUGAAUGGUGCUGAUGCAGCUUUCUGCAGUGUCACGAAGAAAGAGCUUCAGCAAUUUCGACGUGCCAUGGAUGAGGAUGCCUUUGCAGCUGCCCUUCGUGGGUAUGCAGCCUCUGAGCAGCUGGGAAAAGAGCUCGCAAUUCGCUUCAAGGAGGGACUGGUAAACUCUCCUUUGAGCAUGGCUGCGGAUGCAUAUGGGGUGCCGCUGACUCCUGGAUGUCCAGUUCUUCUUUUGGCAGUCAAUGGCGACGACCACCAUCCUGUGGAGGCUGCUGAAGAGCUGGCCAAACUAUUGCCUAAUGCUGAGCUGGAGGUGGCUGACAACCUGCAGCAUGCAAAGUCAACGUGGGCAACACGCAUCAGCAGUUUUCUCCGGAAGGCGUGGAUGAAAGAAUUUUUGACCAAGCGGGUGAUGCCGCAGUAA